CACCUUUGAGACAAGAAAACAAGGAUUAUUACGAUAUUCUUGGUGUGUCAAAAAAUGCAUCCCAAUCCGAUAUAAAAAAGGCAUAUUAUUCUCUUGCUAAAAAAUAUCAUCCCGAUACAAGUAAAGAUCCUACUGCGAAAGAAAAGUUUGUACAAAUUCAGGAAGCAUAUAAUAUACUGAGUGAUGAGGAAAAGCGCGCAGAAUAUGACAGAUGGGGUUCAUUCAAAGGUGCGAAUUUUAAUGGAUUCGCUGGAGAUUUCAGGUUUGGGAACAUUUUCGAUCAUGUUUUUGGAGGGGGGUCUGCAUGGUCAGCUGGAUUUGGAGAGCCAUUUGCUCAAGGAACGGACAUUGAGAUGGCUCUAAAUAUUUCUUUCAUGGAUGCUGCUAAAGGUGCUACAAAAAGUGUUUUUUAUGAAGCUAUUGCUACAUGUAAAACUUGUCAAGGCCGUGGUACUAAAGCUGGAAAAAAGCGUGAUGUGUGCACUUCAUGUAAAGGAUCGGGUGUACGGUCUUUAUCUGUUGCAUCAGGUUUUCGUAUGCAAGUUACAUGUGAUGAAUGUGGUGGCAAAGGAACCAGAAUAUUACCUGAAAACAGAUGUCAUACCUGCGGGGGUAAAGGCCAAGUCAAAGAACGGAAAGCAGAAUCUGUUGAUAUUCCAGCUGGUGCAGAAGAUGGAAUGAGGAUACGGAUCCCCAAAAAAGGGGACGUACCAUUUGAUAGUGAAGGUCUACCUGGUGACUUAAUUGUUCGUAUACGUGUGGCACCUCACAAGACAUUUAAACGACAAGGUCCCAACGUUUUUGUUGAAGCUCAAGUUCCGUUUCACACGGCCAUACUGGGUGGUUCUAUUCGGGUUCCUACAAUAGAUGGAGAUGUGGAAUUAAAUGUCCCAGCUGGAUCGCAACCGGAUCAGCAAAUGGUUAUGAAAAGACGAGGAAUUCAAAACAUUGGAACCAACUAUCAUGGUGAUCAAAUUGUGGUAUUUAAAGUACCGCUACCAAAGUCUUUGACACCUAAACAACGUGAAUUGAUUGAAGAAUUUGCCCGAAUUGGAUCUGAUUGA